UGACAAUACACGCGCAGUUGGUGAAUUUAUUAUGAGGGGUGAAGCGAGUGGAAACUCCCAAAACAGUCUGCGCAUGCCCCCAGCAUUAGGGACUUUUAUUUAUUUUAAGUUUUGCUACCGCAGCCUAUAAAAAUGAUUGCAGCCCAUUUCUCAGUCGAAAUGAUACACACAAAGUGAUGCACUAGUGUAAUGUAUCGUUAUGUCAAAUUAACAAUUAUGUUACAAUGUAACGAAAAACGCGAGAUUUUACCUGAAAGGAGCUUGCGACUUCAUUUACACGCUCUUAGCAAAUCUAUGUCAUGCAAUGUGGUGGAAAGGCUGUGCGUGUACUUGUUGAGCUCCAGGACCAUCACAGAGUAUGAGAGCCAGGUGAUCUGGUCCCAGAGAAUAGACAUGCAGAAGGCUGCCAAACUGCUGCAGGUGAUCCUGAUGAAGGGUCGCGAUGCGUGUCUGCACUUUUUCGACUCACUAGAAAAGUGUUGCCAGUGUCCACCACAGGUCGAAAGAGUCACCGGCCUCCCAGAGAGGAGGACCAACACUGCCCCAACUUACGUCAUCAACAUCAGCCAUUCCAAUUUGAGUAACUGCAUCAUUGGAGAUGGCAACUUUCAAGGUGUGACGUGUAUACAACAACCUCAGAGGAUGGGUUCAAAGGAUUCUAGGCAUGAGACAAUGGGAGGCAACACCACCAGUGACCACCAGAGAGCAGCACAGUCCUGUCCAGAUGCAGAGCUCCAGAGGAGUGUCCAGGUCUAUGGCUCCCAACUGCAGUAUGUCAUCAUCGGAGACAACAACAACCUGCAGGUUGAAGACACACCGGAAGAGGAAGAAGGGGAAGAAGAAGAACUCAUUAAUGAAAGUAACUGAUUGGAUUUGUGUAGUGCUUUUCCAGAUGCUCAAAGUGGUUUACAUUGUAUUGGGGAAACUCCCCUCAUACACCACCAACUAGUUUCCAUUUAAGUAAUUUAGAAGACUCUUUUAUCCAGAGUGACUUACAGGAGCAAUUAGGGUUAAGUGCCUUGGUGAAGGGCACAUCGACAGAUUUUUCACCUAGUCGUCUCAGAGAUUCAAACCAGUGACCUUUCGGUUACUGGCCCAAUGCUCUUAACUGCUAGGCUAUCUGCCUCUGGUGCCAAACGUUACAUGUUCAAAUCAGGUGAUAGAAAGUUGUUUUUGAGAUUUUUGUUUUAAGCCUAUCCCAAACCUUAACACUUACCUUAACCAUUCAGAGUUAAUGCCUAACCUUAAGAUUUCGGAGUUAAUGUCUAAACUUAACUCUAACCUUAAAAGUUUGGAGGUAAUGCCUAAACUUAACCCUAACCUUAAAAAUGUGGAGUUAAUGCCUAAACUUUAAUGCCUAAACUAGUUGUUGUGUGGCACUGCAUCAGUAUCCUACAGAGCCAUACAUAUAUGGCUCUUCUAUCCUAGAUGCCAUCUCCUGCUGUUGUGCCCUUGAGCAAGCUACUGCACCACGGGCGACCGUGGCUCUCAAUCCCCAUAAGUGAUAUGGGGACAAAAUGUAUGACCAUUGGCUACAUUGUAAUGUUCCUUGCUGUGUCAAUGAACUUGAUUUCUGGGGAAUGUAAAUGUAUUGUACAUUGCAGUGUAUUGUUUGGAUAGUAUAACUUAACCCUACAUAAUCAAAGAAUGAACCAUAUUUUUGGUCCGUGGACUUAUGGAAUAAGUAUUGAAUCAUACAGUACAUACAUUACGUUCUGUGAACCCAAUGUAUAAUGACCGCACUGACCACUGCUAUUGAUAGUGCAUUUUAUUUAUUUUAAGUAUUUAAUGCUGUAACAAAUAAAAAGGUGCUGUUUUACAUUGAAUGUAUUCUUAAUGUAUUAAUUUGAAUGCAUGUGUUAGGGCAUACUGACUUAUCUUUACUGAAAAUUAUACUGUACAUAUUUACUGUUCUACUAAGUUAUCAACAUUUGUUGAAAUAGGUUAUUUCUUUAGAAAAAAACAUUUAUUGUAAGGUACAGAAAUUGUUAUUGUUUUAUCUGUCAAUGAACAAUAUUUUUUCUCAAUAAUUUUGUUUCUCAAUAUAUUUUUUUGCUUGAAAAGCUGGCAUGUAAGUUAAUGAAAUAUCCCUAGAACAUUAUAAAGGUAUUGCAUUACA